AUGGCGGCCAAAAGAUAUUUUAAUGAAUCUGAAUCAAAUGAAGAUCAGCCACCGGAGAAAAAGAUGAAAAGUAGACCUUCUUUUGCUUCAGUUAUUGGAGAAGUGGUAAUGGUGAAUUCACUACAGAAUCUUUUCUCAGCAUUGAAACCUUUGAACAGAAGAGUGGUACCGGUGGAGAAUGUUCUAAGACGCAGUGCACGCUCCUUGCCAAGGUCCUCUUCAUUGCAAAUUCAAGCUCAAGAGCCAUCAAGCUUGAGACUAAAGUUCAGUAACAAGCUUUCACUCCCCAUAUUCACCGGAAGCAAGAUUGGAAGUUGUGACAACAAUCCACUUCAAAUACUUGUGGUAGACAAUGCUAAUCCAAAUGUUCCAAUAACUCUUGCUCAACCAAUCAUGAUUGAAAUUGUUGUUGUUAAUGGAGACUUCCCUCGGGGAGAUAGGGAAACUUGGACUAGAGAAGAAUUCAACAGCAACAUUGUGAAGGAGAGAACCGGAAGGCGGCCAUUGCUUACCGGAGAGCUAAAUGUCACGAUGAGGGAUGGUUUUGCACCAAUUGGAGAUAUAGAAUUUACCGACAAUUCGAGUUGGAUCAGGAGCCGAAAAUUUAGGGUUGGUGUAAGAGUGGUUCCAGGAAGCAAUGGAAAUGUUAGGAUUUGUGAAGCCAUGACUGAACCUUUUGUUGUCAAAGAUCAUCGUGGAGAAUUGUACAAAAAGCAUCAUCCACCAAUGUUGGAUGACGAUGUUUGGCGCCUAGAGAAGAUCGGAAAAGAUGGACCUUUCCAUACUAAGUUGAAAUCUGAGGGUAUUAAAACUGUACAAGACUUCUUGAAGUUGUCUAUUGUGAACCCUCAAUUACUUCGAAGGAUUUUAGGUGUCGGAAUGUCUGAGAAAAUGUGGGGAGUCACGAUAAAACAUGCAAGGACUUGUGUUUUGGGCAACAAACAAUACAUUUUCCGGGGUAAUAAUCAUUUUGUCUUGUUGAAUCCAAUAUGCCAAGUUCUCAAGGCUGUGAUUGAUGGACUAGACUACACUUCCAGGGAACUAAGCAAUAUUGAUAGGACCUAUAUUGAGAGAUUGGUGAGGCAAGCAUAUGAAAAUUGGAGUUCCUUAGAAGAGGUGGAUGCAAAUAUGAAUGAGACUGCCUUACUAACACAAGGCGAAAUGAUGGAGCAAUAGCCGAAUCAUCAACUGAUGAUGUUGAAACCAUUUCAGCAACAUGGAUACAUUGUUGAUAGAGUUAUUGAUAUGGGGUACGAAUUGAAUAGUGAUCAGGCUGGAUGCAGUGACUGGCCAUAUAUUAGCAUGCCCAGUAGUAAUAUUGGAAUCAACUAUACCAUUUCUGAGUCAUCAUCGGACGGUGAAUUAACACCUUCAGCUUCAAGGUCAUUCCUCGGUGGGAAUUGAAGGUGAAUCAUUGUCAGGUGUAUAUAGACAAUGCAGCCAAUGCCACUCAAGGAGUUAUAGUGUUAGGGCAUUAGUGCUGAAAAUUUACGUGGUUUGAAAGUGCUUUUUUAUUUUUUUAGUAAAAAUAAUUAUGUGCAGUUUGUGUAAUUAAAUUCAUAAUCAAUGUAACAGAUUGAUUGCAAAGAAAGCAAUUUCACAAUUUUUU